CCCUCGACGUCUCCGGCUGACCCGCGGUGUCUCUCGCGCGCACUGAAGAUGGCGGCCUCCGCGGGAAGGUUUCUUGCUACUGUGCUAACCCGGCAUUUAAGGGCCAUUCCUUGGGGCACUUCCGCCUCAGCAGCCCUAAGACCUGCUGCAUCCCGAUUGACAAAUGGAUUGUGGGCAGCUUCCACACAAGCCAGACUCGCCUUUAGCACCAGUUCCUCACUCCAAACACCCGCUGUCACAGAGCACGCGCCCCACUUCAAGGGCACAGCUGUCGUCAAUGGAGAGUUCAAGGAAUUGAGCCUUGAUGACUUCAAGGGGAAGUACUUGGUGCUAUUCUUCUACCCUUUGGAUUUCACCUUCGUAUGUCCUACAGAGAUCAUCGCUUUCAGCGACAAAGCCAAUGAGUUCCACGAUGUGAACUGUGAGGUCAUCGCUGCGUCUGUAGAUUCCCACUUCUGCCACCUUGCCUGGAUAAACACACCGAGGAAGAAUGGUGGUCUGGGCCACAUGAACAUCCCGCUCCUGUCAGAUUUGACAAAACAGAUCUCCCGGGACUACGGUGUGCUACUUGAGGGGUCCGGUCUCGCCCUGAGAGGCCUCUUCAUAAUCGACCCCAAUGGAGUCAUCAAGCAUAUGAGUGUCAACGACCUGCCAGUGGGCCGCAGUGUGGAGGAGACCCUCCGCCUGGUCAAGGCCUUCCAGUUCGUGGAAGCCCACGGAGAGGUCUGCCCAGCCAACUGGACGCCCGAUUCGCCCACAAUCAAGCCACAUCCAACUGCUUCCAAAGAAUACUUCGAGAAAGUGAAUCCGUAGCUCAGCACACCUGUGCCUGCAGCUCCUCAUGCGAGGAAGGAACCAGAGUCUCACUGAUUAUUUAUAGAAGUGUGCUCCUGCCUCCCAGAUGCUUAUCCUAGAAGGCGUGUGUCUGUGUGUGUGUAAUACAGGCUAAGGCUUGUUUGGUGUGGUUAGCUACUAACAUCAGGAGCCCUUGCUGGUAACCUGGACAGCUAAGCUAGCUGGCAUAUAGAAUAUCUUUUUUUUUUUUAAUUUAUUUCUUUAUUGGGGAAUUAAUGGCAUAUAGAAUAUCUAGUCUUCCUGUUCCUGAGUCAAUCUUCAACAGGAAAAAAAAAAAAAGAAACCCUCAGCCUUACUUCAGCCUCUGCGUGCAUGAGAGUAGAAAGUGUUUUGAAAGCUUCUGAUCAAGGGUUUUGAAAUUCUCUUCUUUGUACUAAACUGAUUUUCCCCUCGCAGGUAACCAAGAUCCUAGUCUGGGAGGUCUUAGCGUCAGUAGUCUGAUGUACCUCUUGUAAUGGAUAUAUUUGCGAUACAAACAAAUGUGAAUCAUGUCUCUGACAAAAACACGGUGGCAAAGUGACUUAACUGAUCAUGCAUGCUCCCCGCCCUUGGACUUAGUGUUUACAUAGCUGACUUACUUGGUUUGUUACCUGAUUUAGUGUCUACGUACAUUUCUUGAGACUGAUUGGGUGUGCAAAGGAUAUUUAUUGAACCCAAGAAUUAAUUUGUGAUCAUUGUAAUGAUUUUCUUUGCUGAAGGACUCAAUGUAAAGUAUAUAAUAAAAGAAACCUAUUUUAAAAUA